AUGGACAUAAACCUUGCACUAAGUGAAGAACAACCUGCACCUCUCACUGCGGAAAGCACCCCUAAUGUUAAGAGGGAUUUUGAGAGGUGGGAUCGUUCAAAUCGCAUGAGUUUAAUGAUCAUGAAACACAGCAUUCCAGAAGCCUUUAGGGGUACAAAAUCUGAAAAGAUUACUCAGGCCAAGAGUUUCCUUGAUGAAGUUGAGAAACGUUUUGCUAAAAAUGAUAAGGUUGAGAUGAUAUCACUUCUGACUUCUUUGAUGUUUAUGAAGUAUAAGGGUCAAGGAAACGUAAGGGAGUACAUUAUGGAGAUGUCCAUACUGCUUCAAGACUUAAGUUAUAACUGUCAAAAGGAGAAAUGGAUUCUAAAUGAGCUCAUUUCUCAUUGUGUGCAAGAGGAAGAAAAGUUGAAGUGUGAUAAGUCUGAAAAUGCUUAUUUGGCCAAUGCCUCUAAAGACAAUGGCAAGAAAAGAAAAUAUCAUAAUGAAGCUGCUAAAGGUCCAGCUUAA